UUUAUUACGAUGUAAAUUGUAAACCCCAUAUUUAUUCAAGCCUUUUCCAAAUAUGUUUUGAAUUAACCGAGUCCUCUGUCGGCAAUUUCAAGUGCUCAACCAUGUCGGAAGUUGCUCAAGAUUUCUCUCCUUUACUUCGACUAUACAAAGAUGGCCGCAUAGAGAGACUUAUGGGAGUAGAUAUCGCCCUUCCUGGUGAUCCCAAUUCCAAUGUCAUGUCCAGAGAUGUCGUCUAUUCACCUGCGCUGGAUCUAUCUUGUAGACUUUACCUUCCAAAAAACACAAAUCCUCACCAAAAACUGCCCCUCCUAGUUUACUUUCACGGUGGAGGCUUUGUGAUAGAAACUGCCUUCUCUUCAACUUACCAUAAUUACCUCAAUACCUUAGUAGCCGAGGCUAAUGUCAUAGGAGUCUCCGUAGACUACCGAAGAGCACCUGAGCAUCCUCUUCCUGCGGCAUACGAUGAUUCAUGGACAGCCCUCAAAUGGGUUGCAUCUCAUGUUAAUGGAGAUGGGCCUGAGGAGUGGCUAAACUCUCAUGCUGAUUUUAGCAAGGUGUUUUUUUAUGGGGAUAGUGCUGGUGCUAAUAUAUCACACCAGAUGGCCAUGAGACACGGUCAAGAGAAAAUAGUUGGUUUUAAUGUUGCUGGGAUAGUUUUGGCACAUCCAUACUUCUGGGGUAAGGAUCCUAUUGGUAAUGAGCCCAAGGAAUCAUCACAAAGAGCAUUCGCUGAAGGUCUGUGGCGUCUGUCAUGCCCUACAUCAAAUGGGUGCGAUGACCUUUUACUUAAUCCACUUGUCGAUCCAAACUUGGCUCGGCUGGAGUGCUCCAAGGUGCUUGUUGCUGUCGCUGAAAAGGAUCUGCUGAGAGAUAGGGGGUGGCGCUACUAUGAAAAGUUGAGGGAGAAUGAAUGGAGUGGAGAAGUGGAGAUCAUGGAGGCCAAAGGAGAGAAUCAUGUGUUCCAUCUUCUCUCUCCUCCUGGGGAGAACGCUAGGCUCAUGCUUGAAAAAAUCUCUUCUUUCCUGAAUCAGGACAAGGCCUAGGAUCUGGGGAGAGUUUCUGUCAGGUAUUUUCAACUCUCAUUUAAGGCGACGUGGACGAAUGUCUGUGAGGUGGAUUUUUUUAACUUGAGUUUAAUUAUCCCUCGAUCCGGGUUAGUAUGGUACUGCUAUCUCUGUAACCAUGGGUUUAAUUCCUACAUUGUACGUUGUUACGCGCUGUUGUAUUAUUCAGACAUAAAUGUUAUCUAAGUA